UGCCUUUUUUUUGACCAGGCUUCCAAUUUGUCUGAAUCCUGCUGCAAUUGUGUUCCUUCCUCAGCACUACCUAUCCCUCCACGUAUCUGUGUAUCAUCCACAAACUUUGUCACAAAGCCAUCAAUUCCAUUAACCAAAUCAUUGAAAACAAUGUGAAAAGUAGUGGUCCCAAUAAUGACCCUUGAGGAACACCACUAGUCACUGGCAGCAAAGCUGAAAAGGCCUCUUUUAUUCCCACUCGCUGCCUCCUGCCUGUCAGCCAUUCCACUCUCCAUGCCAGUAUCUCUCUUGUAAUGCCAUAGGAUUUAAUCUGGUUAUGCAGUCUCAUGUAUGGCACCUUAUCAAAUGCUUUCUGAAAAUCGAAGUAAAUGACAUCCACUGCCUCUCCUUUCUCCACCCUGCUUGUUUCUUCCUUGAAGAACUCUAACAGUUUGUCAGACGAGAUUUCCCUUCACAGAAACCAGGCUGACUUUGACAUUUUAUCAUUGGUCUCCAAGUACCUUGAAAUCUCAUCCUUAAUAAUAGACUCCAGCACUUUCUCAACCACUGAGGAUCAGCUAACUGGCCUAUAAUUUCCUUACUUUUUCUCUCCUUUCUUUCUAAAGAGUGGAGUGAUGUUUGCAAUCUUCCAGGACCAUUCCAGAAUCAAGUGAUUCUUGAAAGAUCAUGACCAAUGCAUGAUUAUCUCUGCAGCAACCUCUCUCAGGACUCUGCGGUGUAGUUCAUUUGGUCCAGGUGACUUAUCAAUGCCACUUACUCCUGCUCCAUGACAUUUACGGACCUCUGGCACACUGCUACUGUCUUCCACAGUGAAGACAGAUGCAAAGUACCCAUUAAGGUCAUCUGCCAUUUCUCUGUCCCCCGUUACUACCUCACCAGCAUCAUUUUCUAGUACACUAACAUCAACUCUCACCUCCCUUUUACUCCUUAUGUAAUUGAAAAAAACUUCUGGUAUCCUGCUUUAUAUUAUUUACUAGUUUGCCUUCAUAUUUCAUCUUUUCCCUUCUUACAGCUUUUUUAAUUGCCUUUUGUUGGAUUUUAAAAGCGUCCCAAUCAUCCAACUUCCUACUCACUUUUGUUGCAUUAUAAGCCCUUUCCUUGGCUAUAAUGCAGUCCUUGACCCCUGCCAGCAAAUAAUAACAAAGAGGAUACUAAAAGCUUUUUCAAGUAUAUAAAGAGUAAAAGACAGGUGAGAGUAGAUAUAGGACUGAUAGAAAAUGAUGCUGGAGAAAUUGUAAUGGGAGAUAAGGAGAUGGCGGAGGAACUGAACGAGUAUUCUGCAUGUCUUCAUUGAGAAAGACAUCAGCAGUAUACCAGACACUAAAGUGUGUCAGGGAAGAGGAGUGUGCACAGUUACAAUUACGACAGAGAAAGAACUCAGGAAGCAGAAUAGUCUAAGGGUAGAUAAAUCUUCCAGACCAGAUGGAAUGCACCCCUGUGUUCUGAAGGAAGUAACUGUGGAGGGCACGGAGGCAUUAGCAAAUAUCUUUCAAAAGUCCAUAGAUUCUGGCCUGGUUCCAGAGGACUGGAAAAUUGUGAAUGUCACUCUGCUACUUGAGAAGGGGGCAAGGAAGCAAAAAGGAAAUUAUAGACCUGUUAGCUUGACAUCGGUGGUUGGGAAGUUGUUGGAGUCUACUGUCAAGGAUGAGGUUACAGAGUACCUGGAGGCAGAUGACAAGAUAGGCCGAACUCAUCAUGGUUUCCUUAAAGGAAAAUCCUAUUGCAAUUUUUUGAGGAAAUUACAAGUAGGCUAAACAAGGGAGAUGCAGUGGAUGUUGUGUAUUUGGAUUUUCAGAAGGCCUUUGACAAAGUGCCGCACAUGAGGCUGCUAAACAAGAUAAAAGCCCAUGGAAUUACGGGAAAGUUACAUAUGGAUAGAGCAUUGGCUGAUUGGCAGGAAACAGAGAGUGGGAAUAAAGGGAUCCCAUUCUGGUUGGCUGCCAGUUACCAGUGGUAUUCCACAGGGGUCGGUGUUGGGGCCACUUCUUUUUACAUUGUAUAUCAAUGAUUUGGAUAAUGGAAUAGAUGGCUUUGUGGCUAAGUUUGCUGAUGACACAAAGAUAGGUGGAGGGGCUGGUAGUGCUGAGGACACAGAGAGUCUGCAGAGAGACUUGAAUAGAUUGGGAGAAUGGGCAAAGAAGUGGCAAAUGAAAUACAAUGUUGGAAAGUGUAUGGUCUUGCACUUUGGUAGAAGAAAUAAACUGACAGACUAUUAUUUAAAUGGGGAGAGAAUUCAAAGUUCUGAGAUGCAACGGGACUUGAGAGUCCUCAUGCAGGAUACCCUUAAGGUUAACCUCCAGGUUGAGUCAGUGGUGAAGAAGGCGAAUGCAAUGUUGGCAUUCAUUUCUAGAGGAAUAGAUUAUAAGAGCAGGGAUGUGAUGUUGACGCUCUAUAAGGCACUGGUAAGACCUCACUUGGAGUACUGUGUGCAGGUUUGGGCUCCUUAUUUAAGAAAGGAUGUGCUGACAUUGGAGAGGGUUCGGAGAAGAUUCACUAGAAUGAUUCCGGGAAUGAGCGGGUUAAUAUAUGAGGAAUGUUUGACUGCUCUUGGACUGUACCCUUGGAGUUUAGAAGAACGAGGGGAGACCUCAUAGAAACAUUUUGUAUGUUAAAAGGCAUGGACAGAGUGGAUGUGACAAAGUUGUUUCCCAUGGUGGGGGAGUCUAGAACGAGAGGGCAUGACUUGAGGAUUGAAGGGCACCCAUUCAAAACAGGGAUGCGAAGAAAUUUUUUUAGCCUGAGAGUAGUGAAUCUGUGAAAUUUUUUGCCACAGGCGGCAGUGGAGGUCAAGUCAUUGUCUGUUUUUAAGGCAGAGAUUGAUAGGUAUCUGAGUAGCCAGGGCAUCAAAGGUUAUGGUGAGAAGGCGGGGGAGUGGAACUAAGUGGAGAAUGGGAUCAGUUCAUGAUAAAAUGGCGGAGCAGACUCGAUAGGCCGAAUGGCCAACUUCUGCUCCGUUGUCUUAUGGCCAUUUGAGAACUUCUUUUUCUGUGGGACAUAUCUAUUCUGCGCCUUGUGAACUAUUGCUAGAAACUUCAGCCUCCUCUGCUCUGCCAUCAUCCCCACCAGUAUCCUCCUCCAAUCCACUCGGGCAAGCUCCUUUCUCAUGCCUCUAUAAUUCCCUUUAUUCUAUUGUGAUCCAGAUAUAUGUGAAUUAUACUUCUCCCUCUCAAGUUGCAGUAUGAAUUCAAUUAUAUUAUCAUCAAUGUCUCCUAAGGGUUCCUUUGCAUUAAGCUCCCUGAUAAAAUCUGGGUGAUUACACAACACCCAGUCUAAGAUAGCUUUUCCCUGACUAGGCUCAAGCACAAACUGCUCCAAAAAGCCAUCUCAUCGGCAUUCAACAAACUCCCUCUCUUGCAAUCCAACACCAACCUAGUUUUUCCAAUCCCUUUACAUAUUGAAGUCCCCCAUUAUAAUUGUGGCAUUACCCUUAUUACAUGCCUUUUACAGCUCCCUUUGCAAUCUCAACUGUACAUCUUGGCUACUAUUUAGAGGCCGAUAUAUGAUUCCCGUAAUGUUUUUUUUUACCUUUGCAGUUUCUUAACUGUAUCCACAAAGAUUCAAUAUUCUCUAUGUCACUUCUUUCUAAAGAUGUAAUUCCAUCUUUUACCAACAACAGCUACGCCAUCGCCUGUGCCUUCUUGCCUGUCCUUUUGAUACAAAGUAUAUCCUUUGAUGUUAAGCUCUCAACUAUGGCCUUCGUUCAGCCACAACUCAAUGAUGCCCCCAACGUCAUACUGACCAAUUUCGUCCACCUUAUUCUGAAUGCUAUGUGCAUUUAAGCUGCGCCUUCAAUGCUGCAUUCUUCACUCUUGAAUUUUGUCUCUGUGGUACAAUUUAACUCUUUGCUCUGUCUGCAUUUGUGCUCAGUCAUUGGCUUGUUCUUCAUUACAGUCAUGUUACAUCUAUCAUCUACUUGUAAACCUGCUGGCUCACUCUCAGCUCUAUCAUACUGGUCCCCAUCCAUUUUCCCUCAUGUUUCCUCCUAAGUGAAGCUGUGCAAUUCACUUUAAUUCAUUUUUGUGGUAUUGAGCUUUACGGUCUAAUCACUCUGCUUCAUGUGGGAAUAUAUGCCUGGAAAUUGGAUCCAUUUUCCACAUGUACAUUACAAACAGAAGCAAUGUAAUUUCUGUGUGCCAUGUACUUAAAGAUGUUUCUCAACAGUCAAGGUCCAAAUUACAUCAAAAGUCUCCCACUGCUCAUUUUCUGAAUAUACUGAAGAUUUUGAUGCAAUCCAGAAUCUUUGCUAUUCAUAAAUAAAGUGCACAUUACACAGAGAUCACCAAUGACAUUUUCAGCAAAUUCACUCUGACAAUGAUGUCUUGCACAGCCAUAGUUUUAAUGUUCAGGAUAUUUGAAAUUUCAACACUGUACACAUUAGAGAGAUGUGCUGCCUUCUCUGUGUAACACCCUGGUUAAGAUUUUUACUGAUAUGCUGUAGGUAUUUCAUUUUAGCUGUUCUGCUUUCAGACUGCCAGGCAGCAUCUAUAACAAGAAGUGCAGUCGACGUUUCAGGUCGAGACCCUUUGUCAGGACCUAUUGAAAGAAGAGAUAAGCAAUUUGAUUUGCUGACCAUGAAAACCACCAGAUGCAUUGUGACAACUAUUUUGAUUAUUUGUGGACUGGCUGCCAUUAUUGCAGUUGUAGUUGCCAUUUUAGCAAUAUUUCUGACUAAAGCUGCAAAUUCCAGUCCAUGGAAAGUUUACUACAAAGGAAAUUUCAGAAUAUUAAAUGUUCCUUACAACGAUAACUUGGCAACAAGCAGCUCAAUGGAGUUCUUUGUGUUAGCAAAUAAAACUCAUGCACAACUCAGAUCGGUGUACUCAAAAUCCAGAUUGUCCAACCAAUUUGGCCUUGCACAGGUUAUAGAAUUCAGCUCUGGGAGCGUUAAAGUGGUAUUUGUACUUCAGUUCCAAGGAAAUGGAAGCACACCUACUGUCGUGGGAGCAAUCAAAGAAACAUUUCAGCAAAGUUUAACACAGCUGAAUACAUUUGACCAAUCCGGCUACUUGGAUGACUUCAUCAUAGACUUAACAUCAAUUCAGUUUACUGAAAUUAGUAAGGCAGAAGCAGAUGCCCUUUUUAUUAAAGCUAUGCAAAACUUAAAUGCUACAAUUACCACGGAGAUACCCACCACAUUUACAUCGAAGGAGGAAUCACCAACUAUACAAAACUCAGAUGCCACAACUACCAUGGAAAUAUCAAACAUGCUUACAUCGAAGGAGGAAUCACAAACUAUGCCGAACUCAAAUGCUGCAACUACCACGGAGAUAUCAAACAUGCUUACAUCGAAGGAGGAAUCACAAACAUGUGGCUCUCAGUUUGGAGCGACCAGUAAGAUUGUUGGUGGGACAAACUCUGAGGAUGGCGAAUGGCCCUGGCAAGUUAGUCUCCAGGCAACGUAGCAAUCCAUCAGAAUGGCAAGCUUACAUGGGAUCAGUUGAACUCAGACAAGGUACACGUCGAGACAUCAAAAGAAUCAUCAUCCAUCCCAGUUAUAGGACCAUCAACGACCACAACUAUGACAUUGCUGUUC